AUGGAUGAUAUUGAUUAUGAUUUAAUUUUUGGCAUCUCAAAUCAUGCAGUUGAUGCUGAAGUUCAUGCUCCUGAUAAUUACAUUCCAGAACUUUCAAAACUUACUGAUGAAUCAUCAUCGACUCCUCAAGAAGGCGAACCUAUGGAUGAUAGUCCUUUGGAGAGGGAGCAAUUGGAUUCGAAUACUUUGAAUGAUGAAGAGCAUUCUUUCGAGGGGGAGCAAGAACAAUUGAAUGCUGAAAUUAAGGGGGAGCAUGUUGUUGAGGAGGAGCAUAAUGUUGAUGAUGCAUGUUCGAAUGCAGGAUCAGAAUAUGAUGAAAUAUUCGAAGAUGCUCCUUUGGAAUUUGAUCCAGCAUAUCCACCCAUGGAAAAAUGGACUAGAGACCAUCCGAAGGAUCAAGUGAUUGGGAAUCCACAAGAAGGAGUGUUAACAAGAGCUCAAAUUCGUGCACAGAAUGAGGCAUAUGUAAAAACCUUCGAUUCUUCUAUUCCUACGGGAAUUUUAUUACCACGCGAAGCAAAGAAGUCUAAGAAGUCGAAGAAAGAUGAGCCUACUUCUCCUGCGAAGAAAGCGAAGGGUUCAACCUCAUCCAAAUCCACGACUCAGAAGCAAGAAAAUGUUGUUGUGACAAUCGAAGCAACAACAGUGAUUACGCCAGUUGUGGAAGAGUCACAAGAAGAUGUGGUGGUUCCUUCGAAAAUAGAGAUGUUUCGAAGAAUAAAUAUGAAAUCCAAGCACAAACGCAAGUCUUCAUCUAAGAAACUGCUUCGCAAACCUCAACUUUCUCAUCAAGGCGUAAUGUUUCGUGAGGUUCCUGUUCCUGUUUCUCCUGCAUCCAAGAAAAGGGUAGCCGAAGAUAUGGCGAAACAUUUAUCACAUUCAAAGAAGAAGAAGACGAAGAAGGCUAGGAAGAUUGUUUCCUCAAGUGAGUCUACUGAAGAGGAUGAACGAGUACCGGAAACUCCAGAGACCACUAUUCUUACAAGCUCAAUUCCAGAGACCACUGUCAUAUUCACCCCUGAAGUUUCGAUUGCCAAGUCAAUUUUUGAGGAGGAGGUUAAGAAGGUGAGAGAGGAUGUGAAUUUGAAAAUUCAAGAGCUUCAUGAAGAAAUGAACAAAGAAAUUAUAUUUGUUCAACAUGAUUAUGCAUCCUUACAUCAGAAGGUCGAUAUCAUAUGUGAUGCUGUGACAAAAUUUGUUAAAAUGAGUGAUGAAGUUGUUGAAAGAGCUGAAGGAGAUAUCCACAAAGCCAGUUUCGUCUCCUUUAAUAACUCCUGA